AAGCCAUGUCAACAAUAAACAUUAACGUUAGACCGUCUACAGGACAAAUAUUUAAAUUAGAUGUUGGAACGGAAGCAACAAUUGAGGAGCUUAAACAACUCAUUGCCCAAAAGAUGGAAAAUGUUGAGGCCUCUAAUUUAAAACUAGUAUUUUCUGGUAGAAUUUUAAAAAACGAAGACUUGGUUGGCGACUGCAAAAUCGUUUCCGGAUGUACGGUUCAUGUCGUUCGUACAGGGACUAAUAAAGCACCAGCAGCAAAGAAUAAUAAUAGUAACAGCACAGCAACAACAGCAACAAAUACUUUGGAAAAUACUACUUCGACAAAUAGUGCUGCUAAUAUAACUAGUGGACAACAAUCAACUACAUCUAACCCUUCUAGUGGUUUGUUGGGUGCAUCAUCACCUUUUGGCGCUUUAGGUGAUAUGCAAAUGCCAAACAUGGAUCCAGAACUUAUGCGACAAAUGAUGGAUUCACCUUUUAUGCAAAAUAUUUUGAACAAUCCUGAAUUUGUUCGUUCUAUCAUAAUGAGUAAUCCUCAAAUGAAGGCAUUAGUCGAACAAAACCCUGAACUUGGUCAUGUUAUUAGUGAUCCAGCCUUUUUAAGACAAUCUAUGGAAAUGAUGAGAAAUCCUAAUUUGAUGAGAGAAAUGCAAAGAAAUAAUGAUCGUGCUCUAUCGAAUAUUGAAGCUAUUCCAGGAGGAUUUAAUCAUUUACGUCGUAUGUAUAAUACCUUUCAAGGACCACUCGAGUCUGCUAUGAGCCCACGUGAGAGCAACACAAAUGAUGAAGCAAUUAAUGAGCGUUUGGCUAGAGAAUUAAAUGUAGAAAGUGUACCAGAGAAUUCAUUAAAUACACAAGCCCUACCUAAUCCUUGGGCUGCUCCUUCUAAUAGAAGCAAUAACGAUAGUAGUUCUACUACUACUACUACUACUGCUGCUGCUGCUGCUGCUACAACUAAUCCUUUUGGAGCUGCAUUUAGUGGUAGUGCUAAUAAUACAGGAGCAAUGGAAAAUCCAUUUGCAGCUUUAUUUGGUGCAGGUAAUGCAUUCCCACUUAGUCAGCAACAACAGCAGCAACAACAGCAACAAACACCAUUUUGGGCAGAUCCUAAUUUUAUUCAAGCGAGUCUUAGAUUACAGCAAGCCAUGAUGUCAGCACAAAAUAAUAAUAAUAAUAAUUCACAGCAACAGCCAAACUUAUUUCAACAAAUGUUUAUGGGAGGAUUUCCUUCAAACAAUGGUUUUGGUUUCCCCACUACACAACCUGCUACAUCUACUGAACCUCCCGAAGUUCGUUUUAGAGAACAAUUAGCACAAUUAGAAGAAAUGGGAUUUACUGACAAAUCAGCUAAUAUUCGAGCAUUAUUAGCUACAGGAGGAAAUGUUCAAGCAGCCGUUGAAUAUUUGUUAUCCAUGUAAAGAAAGAAAGAAAAAAAAAACUUACUAUAAUUUAAUAAAUCUUUUCCCUUCUUCAUCUCCCUUUUACAAUAUAAUAAUAAUAAUAAUAA